AAGACAAGUUUCUUACUUGAGAAAAUUUAAUUAUCAUUAUAUUCGGUUGAAUGAUUAUAAACUUACGUUCAUUCUCUGAUUUCAGUGCUUUUUUAAACGUUUUUCUGAACGAGCGAUCGUACUUUUCCGGUCAUAAAAAUGAGCUCUGAUCAAAUGGGUUCAAAAACAGGUGAUUUUAAAUCAAAGCGCAGUGUGAUAUCAUUUCACAACCUAACCUACCGAACCCAAGUGGGAAAACUGUGUAAGAAGAAAGAAAAGAAAGUGCUCGAUGGUGUCAGUGGGUUUUUCGAGCCGGGGUUGAAUGCCAUUUUGGGUCCGAGUGGAGGUGGGAAAACGAGUCUACUGGAUCUUCUGGCUAAGAGACGAGACGUGAAGAAAAACGAAAUGAGUGGCGAUAUUCUUCUGAAUGGAAGGGAAUACCCGAGUUACUACAAACACAUUGCAGGUUAUGUAGUGCAAGAUGACGUUGUCUAUGGCACUCUAACUGUGCGAGAGAACAUCACCUUUGCCGCCAAUCUACGACUGAACACGACAGGAUCAGAGGAAAGAGACCGAGUGAUUGACGACCUCCUGUCCGAACUGAAUCUGAACAAGUGUGCGGACACUAAAGUGGGCAAUGAGAUGAUCAAAGGGGUGUCGGGCGGAGAGCGGAAGAGAUGUAAUAUUGCAAUGGAGUUGAUCACUCUGCCAGAUAUUCUUUUCCUCGAUGAGCCUACGACUGGACUGGAUGCAUCUAUGUCUUACUCGGUGAUGAUCAGUGUGCGCAAACUGGCAAUUAGCCGAGGUUGCACAGUCAUAUUCAGUAUACACCAACCCCGCUAUGCCAUCUUCUCCAUGUUCGACCGGCUGCACCUUCUAUCGUGUUUCGGUCAGACUGUCUUCCACGGAAAGUCAGCCGAAGCUGUGAAUUUUCUCGAAAAGAUUGGACUCACGUGCGAAGCUCACAACAACCCGGCAGACUUUUUUCUAGAUGUGAUCAUGAAAAACAGCGACGCCAACGAACAAAAUGAGCCUCUGGCAUACGACAACAAAGCCAUGCAACUCGUGAAUGAGGAUUCAGCCAAGAAGUCUUACAAAGUUAGCAUUAAGCAAAUGGCAGACGACGAAGACGACGAUGAUGAAAAAACCGAAAAAAUGAAUUUGCCCAAAAUGUUUCGCGACUCGGCCGAACAUCGAAGUAUCCUCGGCGACUGCGAAGCAAUCACAGUUUCCAGUAAGAAAAAAGUCGACGAAGCGGAAUCGCAUUCGAAGAAGGAUUUCAGCGUAAACUUCUUCUUCCAACUACUCUUUUUACUGCAGCGACAGUUCAAAGACUUCAUAAGGAACCCUCAAAAGUGCAUAAUGCCUUCAAUCGUGAGCGCCAUGAUCGGAAUUGUCUGCGGCUUGGUUUGGUUCGACCUGGACGUUUCAAUAACCGGGUUCCGAAACUACUACGGAGCUGUGGCGUUCCUCGUUGUAAAUGUGAUGUUUCAAAAUCUCGCAGCUAUCGAGCUAUUUAUAGGAGGACGGGCUAUCUUCUUGCAUGAACUGUCAAAUGGCUAUUACAGUACAGGAGCGUUUUUCAUUUCGAAGCUCGCAGUUGACAUGGCCCUUCAGCAGUUUCUGCCAGCGACAAUUUUCAUAAGCAUUUUCUACUGGAUGGCUGGUUUUCCUGCCGAUUUCGGAGCCUUUAUCUUUACAGUUCUGGGAGGGUUUCUGAUUUGCUUAUCCGCAAGUGGCGUCGCCUUUUUCUUCAGCGUUUUGGCCGGCGUUCUGUCUCUGGCAUCGGCACUAAUGACAUUGACAAUGAUUCUGUUUUUCCUGUUUUCGGGACUUCUGAUCAACUUGAGCAGCGUGCCUAAAGUUCUUUCUUGGCCGCAGUAUCUCAGCAUCAUGAGGUAUGGAAUGAAUGCUGUGAGUAUCCCAAUCAUCAGUCCUCUGAAGUUCUGCGGCGAAAGGAGUCUGAGGUUGGAAAAUGGGACUGUAAUAUCAGGCGAGAUGUGUAUCACCGGUAAGGAUCAGCUGAGCAAUGCUGACAUGCCAUACAAAUCAGAGGACAAGUGGUUCGAACUGGGGAUGGUGGCAGUGAUUGCAACUGUUUUCAUCGUGUUCACCUUCAUCAAACUUUUGACUAUAAAAAAGAACAAAUAAACUGCAUAACUACAAAAAACAAACCUAAAAGACAACCGCACGAAUAUAUAUAAUUUCAGGAGCGGAUUAAGGAGGGGGGAUGUGCGAGCGACCUUUCUCAGGGAUUCGACACACUGAAUGCUCAAAGGGUCCCCGACACACUGAAUACUCAAAGCAUUCCAAAUAGUGCCUAAAAUUGACAUUUGUUCGUCGUUUUUGGUCUUUUUUUGGUUGCAAAAAACGUCGUUUUUGGUCUUUUUUUCGCAAAACUUUGCGUGUAUUACUGAAGUUUUGUUUCAAAAAGAUCUUCAUAGAGUGUUGUAAGAAAAGGACGAGAAAUGUUUUUUUUCUGAACAUAUGCUCCCUCGAGAAAGUUCAACAUCAGCCCCUGACUGUACAUCUGAACGGUCGCUCUUAUAUAUAGAAAGGUUAUUUUCAAUUUAAGUUAUCCAGAUAAAUAAAGCCUAUUUUAUUUUUAAGGAGCGGCCUGGUCUAGUAGUGGAAACAAGCGUGUGCAGAAAUAUUCU